GGGGUGCGUGUGGGUGUAUUCCUGACAUGGCGUUCUCGAGAGCUGCGCGAUUCCGUUCUCGGAAGCCCUCGCCGGCGCUCGAGUUGGCAGAUGUGGCUGGCGAGACCGAUGGCGAUGGCAGAACCGGUGAUGGUGAUGCGAGCUGGACGAGCGAGUACUCGGAGAGUGACAUCGGCACAGCGUAUGCAGCGACAACGUUUGGAGAGCGGGCUCCUGGUGUGCGGUUCGGGACAGGCGCUGCUCGGCGGGAUGUUGGGCCCGACUUGUCAUCAUCGUCCGACUACGAGAGCUACUCGUCAUCCCUGUCGGGAUCGUACUCGUACUCUUACUCGCGAUCGAGCAGUGUUGUCAGCGAGGAGGGCAGAGCAUGGAAGAAUCUUCUGCCGAGAGCAAGGAUCAAGGGUGCAAGAUUCGGGACGGCACCCAGGUUUGGGCAAGCGCCCAAGUGCUUCUCGACGAGCUCGGGAUCCAGCAGCGAGAGCUAUGGGUACUAUGACUCGUCGAUUACGAGCUCGACGUUCAGCUCCAGCGAGGCUGUUGUCCGGUGCAAGGGCGGAGUCAUCGGGAGGGCGCCGCGGAUGCCGGGCUUUGGCGCGGGCGCCCAGCAUGGUUCGAGCUCGGGCUCGGGUCUCGAGCUGGAUAUCGUGUAUCCAGACCCACACGUGCCCGGGCCACAGUGGCGGGUGCCAACGACGCCACCGACGCGGCUGCCGCAUCAGCGCGAGCGCGAGCCGCCGUUGCGAAAUGUCAACGCGGCUCUGGACGCGAUCGAGCCGCGCCGCGGGAGCAAGGCUUCGUUUGCCAAGGCCAAGCGCGAGCUCUCACCGCCCAAGCCGGCAACAUCAAGGCGGGCAAGCGCACUCGAGCCUCAGCUCGAUGCGGUUCGGAUCCGCGAGCCGGCAUUCUCGUUUGGACGAGCCGCGGCGCGGCCAAAGAGCCCGAGCCCACCGCCUAGCCCGCUACCGUUGGGCGAGAUGCUGCCGCCGGUGGCAGAGAGUGCUGGUGUUGGCCCGAGCGUGACAUUUGGCAGGGCUAAGGCACGACCGGAGCCUAUCUCACUCACGGCGCGGGUACCGCUGCGGAACCCGUCCAUGGACGCGGUGCUCCCUGCGACGCCUGUGGCGUCGCUCACCCGGUCACAGCGCGAGGCUGCCGCGUCCUCAGCUCGGGAUUGUCGUCCGCUCUAUGCACCACCAUCAGAGCUUGGCGAAGGGGCCGGACCUGCGCUGCCUCGCGCCCCGCGGUUGCCGCGGCCGGCAUCGCCGGACGAGCGGCCGCUACCGGAUCCCGCGUUUGACGCCUCUAUCCGCGCUUCUGUCAACGGCGCACUGAGGCUCGACGGCUACGCGCCGCGGCCAAGCCCGACAGCAGUAUCGGCGGCAGCACGGGUUCCGCUCCGCAACAUUGAUGCAGCACUGGCGGCGACCGAGCCGGCAGUCCCAGGCGGUCGGAUGGGCUACGCUCAGCUCCGCGGCGAUCACUUUGCCACCGACGGCGACAUUCUCGUUCUGCACCCCGACUGGGAAGCAGUCUUGCCACGGGCUCCGGGCCAGACCAUGGCGCGGGCAGCUGCUGAGCCGGUCGGGCUCGACAGUGACGAUGAGGUACCAGGCCCUGGCGCGUACGAGCCGGUUGUAAGCGAGAACGUACCGGGCGGCGUCAUCGGCGAAGCGGCUCGGGCGCCGACAAAGGUCGCUGCGAGCCGUAGCCCCGGACCCGGAUCGUACGACCUGCGCGCCGCGCUAGAUGCCGUGUUUGGCAACGUACCAGGCGCUGCACUCGAUGUUACCGGCCGUGGGGCUCGGAGUGGCUGGGCGGCGACCGGCAGUGUGACGACUCGGGUACCGCUGCUCGCUAUGGAUGCGCCAGGAUUGGGCAAAGCCAUAACGGGCCCAGCCACGUUUGGGCGCGCUGCUCACGACGAUGCACCAGAGGCUGACGAUCGCGUCUACGAUGUCAGCUGGAGCGGCGUCGAGCCGGCGGUGCCGGCGGCACGCGUAACCCGUGAUGGGCGCGGCGCCCUCGACAUUCAGUGGAACGCAGUUGAGGCGCUGCCGCGGUCUGCAGUAGUGCCAGCAGCUGAGCGGAUGACAAGUGCGGCGACAAUCACAUCGAGAAUCGGCGGCUACGUGGUGAACCACGCGAGCGUCGAGGCUGCGUCACAGGCGGCGGUGUUUGGCGGUGCGGUGGCGCGGCCUGAUGUUUGCGCACCGAACGGGACUAGCGCCGGCAUCGGGCCGGGGGCGUACGACGUGGCGCGCGGCGAGGAACUGACCCGUGCGCGAACGAUCGGCGGCGUCAUAUCCCUCUUGGUCGCUGCAGCGUCAAUGGGUAGCAGCGAUGUGGGUCCUGGCAGCUACGACGUGACCGGCGCAUGCGCCGCGCUCGCCAAACAUGUUCCCGCGGCUGUGUUUGGCGCAUCGCGGACAGGGCUCACACGCGAGCAACGCGGGGUGCUGAAGCAGAUCACGCUGUAUGAGUUGCUCUUUCGGCUCCCGCCGGGACUGGAGAACGCGCCGGCUGCCCUCGCAGCGCUGGAGCGGGCACGCAGCGGUGCCGGGGCAGGCACUGGACCGGGACCUGGUGACUACGAUGCCGACGACCGCGCGGUGCGAAAGCGGGUGGUGGGUGGAGCAGUGGGCAAGGCCGGGAUGGGCCCUGUCUGCCGCGGCGAGGACAUCCUGCUCUGGGACGUGCUGUUUGGACCCGGAAUGGGCAGCUUGGCGCGCACCGAGCUGCCGGCUGCCGCAGUCAAGCCCAAAGGACAGGCGCGUCGGCGACGCAAGAGUCGGCCACGGGCGCUUGCCUGGCUGGGAGCGGACAAACGUGUCAAGGGGGAGUGAGACAAGUCAGGACGGGUGUGUUCAUGACGGCAGAAACCGAG